CGCGCCGCGGCCGGUCCCUGCGCUAACGCGCACGCGCGGCCGUCAUCCGGGUGCUGGCUGCUGCCGCAGGUUGCGCUAGGGUGGCGGACCGGGGGAGGGGCCAGCGGCUCAUUGUGCGCAGCGCCGGCGGCCGCCGAGGCCUGGGUGGAAGUUGGCGCUGCUGCCGCCGCCCUGCAGCCCACUCGCUGCCUCGGCAGCGCGCUGCUCUUCUAAGAUGGCUGCCGCUACCGGUGCGGUGGCAGCCUCGGCCGCCUCGGGUCAGGCGGAAGGUAAAAAGAUCACCGAUCUGCGGGUCAUCGAUCUGAAGUCCGAGCUGAAGCGGCGGAACUUAGACAUCACCGGAGUCAAGACCGUGCUCAUCUCCCGACUCAAGCAGGCUAUUGAAGAGGAAGGAGGCGAUCCAGAUAAUAUUGAAUUAACUGUUUCAACUGAUACUCCAAACAAGAAACCAACUAAAGGCAAAGGUAAAAAACAUGAAGCAGAUGAGUUGAGUGGAGAUGCUUCUGUGGAAGAUGAUGCUUUUAUCAAGGACUGUGAAUUGGAGAAUCAAGAGGCACAUGAGCAAGAUGGAAAUGAUGAACUAAAGGACUCUGAAGAAUUUGGUGAAAAUGAAGAAGAAAAUGUGCAUUCCAAGGAGUUACUCUCUGCAGAAGAAAACAAGAGAGCUCAUGAAUUAAUAGAGGCAGAAGGAAUAGAAGAUAUAGAAAAAGAGGACAUCGAAAGUCAGGAAAUUGAAGCUCAAGAAGGUGAAGAUGAUACCUUUCUAACAGCCCAAGAUGGUGAGGAAGAAGAAAAUGAGAAAGAUAUAGCAGGUUCUGGUGAUGGUACACAAGAAGUAUCUAAACCUCUUCCUUCAGAAGGGAGCCUAGCUGAGGCUGAUCACACAGCUCAUGAAGAGAUGGAAGCUCAUACGACUGUGAAAGAAGCUGAGGAUGACAACAUCUCGGUCACAAUCCAGGCUGAAGAUGCCAUCACUCUGGAUUUUGAUGGUGAUGACCUCCUAGAAACAGGUAAAAAUGUGAAAAUUACAGAUUCUGAAGCAAGUAAGCCAAAAGAUGGGCAGGACGCCAUUGCACAGAGCCCGGAGAAGGAAAGCAAGGAUUAUGAGAUGAAUGCGAACCAUAAAGAUGGUAAGAAGGAAGACUGCGUGAAGGGUGACCCUGUCGAGAAGGAAGCCAGAGAAAGUUCUAAGAAAGCAGAAUCUGGAGACAAAGAAAAGGAUACUUUGAAGAAAGGGCCCUCGUCUACUGGGGCCUCUGGUCAAGCAAAGAGCUCUUCAAAGGAAUCUAAAGACAGCAAGACAUCAUCUAAAGAUGACAAAGGAAGUACAAGUAGUACUAGUGGUAGCAGUGGAAGCUCAACUAAAAAUAUCUGGGUUAGUGGACUUUCAUCUAAUACCAAAGCUGCUGAUUUGAAGAACCUCUUUGGCAAAUAUGGAAAGGUUCUGAGUGCAAAAGUAGUUACAAAUGCUCGAAGUCCUGGGGCAAAAUGCUAUGGCAUUGUAACUAUGUCUUCAAGCACAGAGGUGUCCAGGUGUAUUGCACAUCUUCAUCGCACUGAGCUGCAUGGACAGCUGAUUUCUGUUGAAAAAGUAAAAGGUGAUCCCUCUAAGAAAGAAAUGAAGAAAGAAAAUGAUGAAAAGAGUAGUUCAAGAAGUUCUGGAGAUAAAAAAAAUACGAGUGAUAGAAGUAGCAAGACACAAGCCUCUGUCAAAAAAGAAGAGAAAAGAUCGUCUGAGAAAUCUGAAAAAAAAGAAAGCAAGGAUACUAAGAAAAUAGAAGGUAAAGAUGAGAAGAAUGAUAAUGGAGCAAGUGGCCAAACAUCAGAAUCGAUUAAAAAAAGUGAAGAAAAGAAGCGAAUAAGUUCCAAGAGUCCAGGACAUAUGGUAAUAUUAGACCAAACUAAAGGAGAUCAUUGUAGACCAUCAAGAAGAGGAAGAUAUGAGAAAAUUCAUGGAAGAAGUAAGGAAAAGGAGAGAGCUAGUCUAGAUAAAAAAAGAGAUAAAGACUACAGAAGGAAAGAGAUCUUGCCUUUUGAAAAGAUGAAGGAACAAAGGUUGAGAGAACAUUUAGUUCGUUUUGAAAGGCUGCGACGAGCAAUGGAACUUCGAAGACGAAGAGAGAUUGCAGAGAGAGAGCGUCGAGAGCGAGAACGCAUUAGAAUAAUUCGUGAACGGGAAGAACGGGAACGCUUACAGAGAGAGAGAGAGCGCCUAGAAAUUGAAAGGCAAAAACUAGAGAGAGAGAGAAUGGAACGCGAACGCUUGGAAAGGGAACGCAUUCGUAUUGAACAGGAACGUCGUAAGGAAGCUGAACGGAUUGCUCGAGAAAGAGAGGAACUCAGAAGGCAACAACAGCAGCUUCGUUAUGAACAAGAAAAAAGGAAUUCCUUGAAACGCCCACGUGAUGUAGAUCAUAGGCGAGAUGAUCCUUACUGGAGCGAGAAUAAAAAGUUGUCUCUAGAUACAGAUGCACGAUUUGGCCAUGGAUCCGACUACUCUCGCCAACAGAACAGAUUUAAUGACUUCGAUCACCGAGAGAGGGGCAGGUUUCCUGAGAGUUCAGCAGUACAGUCUUCAUCUUUUGAAAGGCGGGAUCGCUUUGUUGGUCAAAGUGAGGGGAAAAAAGCACGACCUACUGCACGAAGGGAAGAUCCAAGCUUCGAAAGAUAUCCCAAAAAUUUCAGUGACUCCAGAAGAAAUGAGCCUCCACCACCAAGAAAUGAACUUAGAGAAUCAGACAGGCGAGAAGUACGAGGGGAGCGAGACGAAAGGAGAACGGUGAUUAUUCAUGACAGGCCUGAUAUCACUCAUCCUAGACAUCCUCGAGAGGCAGGGCCCAAUCCUUCCAGACCCACCAGCUGGAAAAGUGAAGGAAGCAUGUCCACUGACAAACGGGAAACAAGAGUUGAAAGGCCAGAACGAUCUGGGAGAGAAGUAUCAGGGCACAGUGUGAGAGGCGCUCCCCCGGGGAAUCGUAGCAGUGCUUCGGGGUACGGGAGCAGAGAGGGAGACAGAGGAGUCAUCACAGACCGAGGAGGUGGAUCACAGCACUAUCCUGAGGAGCGACAUGUGGUUGAACGCCAUGGACGGGACACAAGCGGACCAAGGAAAGAGUGGCAUGGUCCACCCUCUCAAGGGCCUAGCUAUCAUGAUACGAGGCGAAUGGGUGAUGGCCGGGCAGGAGCAGGCAUGAUAACCCAACAUUCAAGUAACGCAUCCCCAAUUAAUAGAAUUGUACAAAUCAGUGGCAAUUCCAUGCCAAGAGGAAGUGGCUCCGGAUUUAAGCCAUUUAAGGGUGGACCUCCGCGACGAUUCUGAAAAUGAGCUCUCUGCCAAGGUUUUAAGAUAAUUUAUUGAAAUCUCCUGUAAACUUUACUUGACUACUUAUGAAGAGGACCUCUGACUUGCUUGAGAGUUCUGUCAGACUUUUCUUUUUAAAAAUUUAACAUGAUCGCUUUUCUCAAUUUUGGAGAAGAUGUUUAAAUAGUUCUGUUGUAACUUUUAAUAGUUUUGUGUAUCAUUCAACUUUUUUUCUUGCAGCACCGAGGCACAUUUGAAAAGAUGGAAUUGAAGUCAUUUUGUUUAAUGCUGUGUGAAUAUAAAGAGUAGUUUGCAGCUGUGUGGUAGUGGUUUAAUUUGCAGCCUUAGCUCUGUGAUGUCUGGCUCUAGAGUUACUUCUUUUUACCAAGCAUUUUCAGCCUCCAUUUUGAAGGCUGUCUACACUUAAGAAGUCUUAGCUGUCUAAUUUUUAGAGAAUAAGAUUGUUCAUUGCAUUUCUGAGUAUUAUGUAACCUAUUUUUGCAGAAGGUACUGUUACAUUAAGUGCAUCUGUGUAUCCUGGUUUAAAAAAAUGUAAUCUUUUUUGAAAUAAACCUUCAUAUUCUGUAUAGUU